CCCCACGGGACGCGCAUGCGCCGUUCGCCCGGAGGCCCUGGAGCGGCUCCGUCGCGCCGGAUUCACCGCCCCGCCGGGAGUGCGCCUGCGCCGUCUCUGGAGCUCUCCACCUCCGCUUCCCCUCCCCCUGACCCCCGCGGGGGCUCCGGGCCCGGCGGGACCAUGUUUACCAGCACCGGUUCCAGUGGGCUUUACAAGGCACCUCUGUCUAAGAGUCUUUUGCUGGUCCCCAGUGCCCUGUCCCUUCUGCUGGCCCUCCUACUGCCUCACUGUCAAAAGUUCUUUGUGUAUGACCUCCACGCAGUCAAGAACGACUUCCAGAUUUGGAGGUUGAUAUGUGGAAGAGUAAUUUGCCUUGAUUUAAAAGAUACUUUCUGCAGUAGUCUGCUUAUUUAUAAUUUUAGGAUAUUUGAAAGAAGAUAUGGAAGCAGAAAAUUUGCAUCCUUUUUGCUAGGUUGCUGGAUUUUAUCAGCCUUGUUUGACUUUCUCCUUGUUGAAGCUAUGCAGUAUUCAUUUGGUAUCACUGUGGCCAGUAAUUUGCCUUCUGGAUUCUUGGCACCUGUGUUUGCUCUGUUUGUACCAUUUUACUGCUCCAUACCAAGAGUCCAAGUGGCACAAAUUCUGGGCCCGUUGUCCAUCACAAACAAGACAUUGAUUUAUAUAUUGGGACUACAGCUUUUCACCUCUGGUUCCUACAUCUGGAUUGUAGCCAUAAGUGGACUUAUCUCGGGUCUGUGCUAUGACCACAAAAUGUUGCAAGUUCACCAGGUGCUCUGCAUCCCCAGCUGGGUGGCACAGUUCUUCUCUUGGACACUUGAACCCAUCUUCUCAUCUUCAGAACCCACCAGUGAGGCCAGAGUUGGGAUGGGAGCCACAGUGGACAUCCAGAGGCAGCAACGAAUGGAGCAGCUUGAUCGGCAGCUGAUGCUCUCCCAGUUUGCACAAGUGAGGCGGCAGAGACAGCAGCAGGGAGGAAUGAUCAAUUGGAAUCGUCUUUUCCCUCCUUUACGUCAGCGGAGAAACAUAAACUAUCAAGAUGGUCGUCGGUCAGAACAGCAGGCCUCCCCUCCUCUGGAGGUUUCUGAGGAACAGGUCGCCCGGCUCAUGGAGAUGGGAUUCUCCAGAGGUGAUGCUUUGGAAGCCUUAAGAGCCUCAAACAAUGACCUCAAUGUGGCCACCAACUUCCUACUGCAGCACUGAUGUUCCAGUCCAGCCACUGACUGGCAGUGGCAUGGUCCCCGCCACCACCUCAGCCCAAGUACUAAGAAGGCUCUGGCAGCGAUGUCUCAUGGGGAGAGGGUGGUUCCCGCUGCACCUCUUCCUGUCUCCGAGAUGGUUACUGUUGUAGUACCAAAAUAAGUUUGCCAUUAAAUUAGCAUGUAUUUUCUAUCUUUAUUUUUUUAUUGGGCAUUUUCCUUAGUCUGGAGAAUCAUCAUUCAUUCCUACUGUGUUCAGGUGCAUUAAAAUUGCAGAUUUCUGUGGGCAAUUGAAAAGCAGUCCAGAUGGGAAAUCGUUACUGUUGUAAUGUUCUUACCGAAGUGUCUUUUCCUGUGUACCCUCUGAUCAUCGCCACCAUGAAGAGGGACAUGUAAAAUUAUUCUUUAUUUUUUAUGGACUUUUUUAAUCACGAUUUUUUUGUUGUUGAACUUUGUUCAAAUCCCACUGGCUGUCAGUGUCCCCACUUCCCAGAGGAUGAGCUGUAUCCACCGGGCCUCGGUGAUGAAGGAGAAAUUUAAGCUCAUCCCAGCUCCACACUGUUCCAGCCUGUUCCAGUCAGGGAAUUUCUCCAGCUCAUUCUCCCAACUUCCAUUACAAAUAAUGAGGGUAAUCAAGUACUGACUUGAGGUUCUGGAAUACACCAUGACGCUUACUUGAGGUUAAUUUUGCUCAGACAAGUCAGAGUUAGCCACUCAGGCUCGAGGGUGUCACAGGACAAAGGGAAUAGUUGCUUUCUGGAGCCUUGCAGGGCUUUGCCAGAGAGCAUGGUGGCUGACCCACUGCAGGCUCAGCCCCAGAAGAGAAGAGAAAGAGCCUUGCCGACCCUCAUCCGGCUAGAGGGCUAACCUGUCUCCCUCCACGCUCACAGCAGGCCCAUCUGGCAGCAGGUUCUCCCUGGCCCCGGGCCUGGCUCCUGUGGUGGGUGAGGCAGAGCAGACUGCAGAAAUGCAGUCAGGGAGGUGGGGAGGCAGGAGGCGGCCACUGUGGUUGACUAGCUCCAGAGCUAUUACCAUGUAAGCGAAUUGUGCGACUGGUAUGUUCCACAAAACGAGCAGCACUGUAUCAAAUUGAUGCAAAUUUAGAUGUGUGAUACUUACAAUAAAGUUUUUAAUGUGUUUUAC